CUGAUGAUAGAAAGACAAUCUGUCAGUCUCUUCCUGUCCAAUAUGGCAACCCGGUGGGGAAUCUGUAGCGCUGGGAAGAUCAGUCAUGACUUCACUGUGGCCUUGAAAACUCUUCCUCCUGGAGACCAUCAGGUUGUGGCUGUGGCAGCUCGCAAGUUAGAGGAUGCACAGGAGUUUGCCAAAAAGCACAGCAUCUCCCGAGCAUACGGCGGCUAUGAGGAGUUGGCCAGAGAUCCAGACAUAGAUGUGGUGUAUAUUGGAGUUAUCCACCCCUACCAUCUGAGCACUUGCCUGCUCUUUACGAACGCCAAGAAGAACGUGCUGUGUGAGAAGCCGCUGGCCAUGAACACCAAGGAGGUGAAGGAGAUCCUGGCCUCUGCCAAGAGGAACGACGUCUUCCUCAUGGAGGCUGUCUGGACCCGAUUCUUCCCGGCCUCUGUGGAGAUCAGACGGCUGCUGGCCCAGGGGGAGGUGGGAGAGGUGAAGAUGGUGAGAUCUGAGUUUGGCGUGCCGGUGAUGGACGUGCCAAGAUCGGCGCAGAAGGAGCUGGGCGGAGGAGCAAUGCUGGAUAUCGGCGUCUACUGCCUGCAGUUCAUAUGCAUGGUGUAUAAUGGAGAGAAGCCAGAGUGCAUCCAGGCCACGGGGGUCUGCCUAGAGACAGGAGUGGAGGAGACUGUAGUUGUCACUAUGAAGUUUUCCAAAAACAGAAUGGCAGUGUUUACUUGCUCGGCGGGAUUACUGCUGCCUAAUGACGCCAUUAUUGUGGGCACAAAGGGCACCAUCGGGAUCCCUGAGCAUAUGUGGUGCCCCACAUCAUUAGUGGUGAAAGGGAAGGAGACCCAGUACCCAGUGCCAGAACCCUGUCUGCCUCUCAACUUCCUCAACAGUACAGGGAUGCGUUACGAAGCAGAGGAGGUUCGACAGUGUUUGCUCAAAGGGCUGAAGGAGAGUACCGUUAUGUCCCAUGCGGACUCUCUUCUGCUGGCUGAGGUGGAGGACGAGAUUCGCAAGCAGGUGGGGGUGGUGUACAGCCAGGACUGCCAGUAAAUGUUAAACAUGAAGCUGGAUAUUUUCCCCUUAUUGAAUAGAACAAGUUUGGGGAAUAAAUGGUUCUUUAUGUUUUGACAGGGCUUUACAGUAUUACACUAUCAGUGAGGAACAUAUUACUCUUUUGUGAGGACGAAUGGUUGAUGUAUUUUGGUAUGUUAAUGUAUGUCGGUAUUUGUAAGCUCUUAAAUUACAUGAUAAAUCUACUCACUCAAUACUUUAGGUCAAAUCAUACAUUGAAGAACUGUAAAACCUUUGAUCAUUUAUAAAACAUUUUCAAUGA